AUGGUUUUAGAGCAAAUGUUCACUUUAAUUGAUAGCAACUGGGAAGACACGAAAUCGAAAUUAAGUGAACUUUUCUCCAACAAAGUAAAACGUGGCACAGCAAAAGCCUUUCUUCUAGAUAUUGAUAUGACGAAACGGUUGGAAUACUUUGACGGGUGGCUUUUACUUUAUAUUUCGGAUGCGAACAAUUUGGUCCGUGAAACCGCUUACGAGGUAUUAGUAGAAAUUUGUACUCGAUUUCUUGCACUUAACAAGGACAUUCUAAAUGUUAAUAACUUUAAUGAACGGCGCACGCAAUAUUCGAGAGAGAAUACGUCAAAAAUGGUAUGUUUGACUUGGUUGUUUUGUCACCCUCUAUCUCCUACCACUUUCGAAAAGAUGAUGAGCCCUAUCCCGUCAAGAAAAUCGAUAAGGCAAAAGUUGAAGAAUGUUACAAAUAAUGUCCCACCAGAUGUCUUGGCCGAAUUGAAUCAAUUUAACCAAGAUCGGCUCCAGGAUUUCUUUAAGGGUGCACAAGUUUAUUUUAACGAACAUAUGCCCUCUCAACAAUUUACUCAACGCAAUGCUCUUGUUAGCCAUGUUCGUACCCCGAUAAGGUGA